AUGCCCUCUAGAGGUUUUCCAGGUACAUCCACCUGGGAGGAGGACCCAGGGAAGACCCAGGAGAUGCUGGAAGAUAUUUCCCAGAUGUCUUGGGAAUGUCUCUGGAUCCCCCAGGAAGAUUUACAGCAGGUUGAAGAUAGGGAAGGGUGUAAUUGGUCUGGAGGAGGAGGAGGAGGAGGAGGAGGUCUCACCGACACCGAGAGAGGAAAUAAAGAGGUCCAGCUUGAUAAAAGCCCCUCAUACGUCCAGAAUCAAGAACACUGCGUUCUUUUUAGACGCGUCUUCAAGUCCGGACACAAAACAGCUCCGCCAGAAUCCGCCGAGAACCUUCCGAGCCUCCGAGGAGCCGAAGCCCGCCAACAGGGAGUGAAGAUGCUCUUGUCUCUGACAAUCUUUCAGAUGGUCUUGGCUCCAGUGCUCAUGGGGCCAAGCAUGGACCACUGGGAUGCAUGGGAUCCUUAUGGAGAAUGUAGUCGCAGCUGUGGCAGUGGUGUAACCAUGAGAACAAGACGUUGUAUCACCCAAAGGACUGAUGGAGGACACAACUGUGUUGGACCAGAAAAAUCAUAUCGCUCGUGCAACAUUCAGGACUGUCCAGAGGGAUCCAGGGAUUUCCGUGAAGAGCAGUGCUCCCAGUUUGAUGGUACAGACUUCCAAGGGAAACGCUACAAGUGGCUGCCCUACUACAGAGCUGAGAACCCAUGCCAGCUCAACUGUAUGCCGAGAGGAGAAAAUUUUUAUUACUGCCACCGCAGCACCGUGGUUGAUGGGACACCCUGUCAUCCUGGACGGAGAGAUAUUUGUGUAAACGGAGUCUGCAAGCGUCUGGGAUGUGACAACAUGUUGGAGUCGCCUCAGCAAGAGGACGCCUGCCUACAGUGUGGAGGAAAUGGACAGUCGUGCCACCUUGUUAAGAACACCUUCGCUGCACAUAACCUGCCAAAAGGCUACAACCAGAUGUUCAUCAUUCCUGUUGGAGCCACCACCAUCAGCAUCAGAGAAACAGUGGCAACGCGCAACUACCUUGCUGUCAAGAACCUGCGUGGAGAGUACUACCUCAAUGGUCAUUGGGUGAUUGAGUUUUCCCAGGCAACCCCCAUUGCUGGGACUAUGCUGUACUACCAGAGAGGUGCUGAGGGUGAAAACAUCCCUGAAACCAUCAUUGGACGGGGCCCGACUACCGAACCCCUUGUUGUUGAGUUGAUUAGCCAGGAGCCAAACAAGGGGGUGGAGUAUGAAUUUUACCUUCCUAAUGGGCGGUCCAGAGAAGGCUACUACUGGAGUUAUGGAUCUUGGUCUGCCUGCAGCAGGGAGUGUGGCUCAGGUCAGCCUCUGAUGUGGAAUGCUUACCAGUCUCGGGUCGUCUUCUGCACCAUUGACAAUGAAUCCUAUCCAGACUAUCUCUGUGCAUCUUUGCGAAGACCACAGAGCAAUCGUACCUGCAAUCCCCACCACUGCCCUCAGACCAACAGCUGGAAAACUGGGGAGUGGAGUUCCUGCUCAGUAACCUGUGGCGGAGGGUCUCAGACACGCAGUGUGCAGUGCAUCUCCCAUGAUGCCUCGGGGCCCCGUGUGGUGGAGGAUGUCAUUUGUGCCGCCUAUGCCAAAACUCCACCCUCUUUACAGACAUGCAACAUGCAGACGUGUGCUGAAUAUCAAGUGACAGGGUGGAGUGAGUGCUCAGUCACCUGUGGCUCAGGAGAACAGACCAGAGACGUCACUUGUGUGGGUUCAGGAGGCACGAGGCUGGAGGAAACGUUCUGCAGCACUUUGCUCCGCCCACCCGCCAGCCGGCCCUGUGACAUGCACGCCUGCCUAAAGCGCAUCAGUUGGCAUGUUGGGGGGUGGGGUCUGUGCUCUCAGAACUGUGGCUCUGGUUCACGAGCACGUCAGGUGAUCUGCACAGACCAGCAGAGGAACCUGUACCCUGUGGACCAAUGUACCGCCCUCCCCAAACCCUCCACAGUGGAACGCUGCAACACCCAGCCGUGCGACAGCCCACAGGUGGUUCCAAGCGUUCAGGAUCAACGAGGACAAAGUGGUUUCCAUGUGCCCGACCAUGACACAGUCCACAGGCCAGAGAGUGCAGAUCCCACCCAGACAAACACAGAUCCUGACCCUCCCAGUUUUGUGCUUGACCUCCACUGCAGCCAGUCCCAGUACGGCUGUUGUCCAGAUGGAAGCACGGCAGCUGGGGGACCUCAGGGCCUGGGCUGUACACAAAGCUCAACUUCUUCACCUGUCCAACCAUCUUGCAUACAGACCAGCUAUGGUUGCUGCCAAGACGGUGUGACAGCUGCUCAGGGACCCGACCAAGAGGGCUGCCAGCAGUAUGUGGCCCCCUCAUCCACUGCUGCUCCUUCUCUUCCCACUGAGAAUGCGGUGCAGUGCCGUAUGACCACCUAUGGGUGCUGUUAUGACCGCACCACACCAGCAGGAGGACCCAAUGGAGAAGGUUGCCCCAACCCCCCCAACUACAUUGAGCGUUCAAUCUGCUCUUUGCCUCGUGCUGCCGGCACCUGUGCCAUCUGGACGUCUCGUUAUCAUUAUGACGUCAUCACUGCCAAGUGUGCACACUUCUGGUAUGGAGGCUGCCAUGGCAACAGCAACAACUUCAUGACCCGAGCAGAGUGCCAGAGGGCCUGCCAGGUGCCUGCCCCCGUACCGGCUGGAGAAGCACCUCCUAGAGGAGCUGCUCCUGGAAGAACCCCAUCUGUUGGAGGCACUGCAAAUGGAGGGAGGUCCAGAACGGGAGGCUCCACCUCUGCAGGGUCACCAACAGGGCGAGAUCGCAGCAUGGGGAGGAUUUUUAUUGUUCAGAGUGGCUCUGCCCACAGUGGCAGGCAGGCGACAAGUGCUGCCACGCAGGCUCACAGAGGAAGAGUCUAUCUGCAUGCACGUCGACCUUCCUCUGCCGCUGCUUCUCAGUACAGCGGUCCAGCGGCUAGUUUGACGUUGUCUGGAGUUUCCAUUGAUAAGACGGACCCGUCCACAGUGGAGGCUGUAGUUGGACAAACAGUCGUGCUGCCCUGCCGAGUCAGUCCACCUCCGUCCUCCACAGUCACAGUGGAGUGGGGACGAGAUGGCGUCGCUCUUUCCACUCACAGGCAUCACCAGCAGCCUAAUGGUUCCUUGUUCGUUGGUCCUGUCAUUAAGUCAGAUUCUGGGUGGUUUUUGUGUGUGGCCACGAAUGCACGGGAGAGAGACCACCGCUACAUUUACCUGUCUGUCUCAGAUGGAUCAUCUCCGAUGGUUCCAUCCACACCACUACCAGGAGAUAGUCCAGUGUCACGGUUCAGCAUAGAGCGAUCAGGAUCAUCUGUUGUGGAAAUGCGGUCCAGACAAACUGCCAGACUGUCUUGCACCAUCGUCCCUCACUCAGCUCUUCAGUCUGUCAAAAUAGAGUGGACGAAAAAUGGACACGCCCUUAAUGACUCCAGGAUCACCCAGCAUCUAGAUGGGACCCUGAUCAUCCGGCAACUGAGGUCAAAAGACUCUGGUGUGUACACUUGCACUGCCUCUGCUUACCAGCAGGUGGAGCAGAAGCAACUGCAACUCAAAGUCCAAGCAGACCUGAAGAUCACGACAGCACCAAAUAACAUCCAGGUGUCUGCAGGCAGCACAGCCACGCUGCCCUGUGUGGUGUCAGGAGACAAUGUCAAUGUGGGCUGGUCAAGGAAUGGGGUACUGAUCCGUGCGGAUGGGCGCAACAUCCUGGUGUUACCUGAUGGUAGUCUGAUCCUCAACAACAUAAAGCCGUCAGAUGAAGGCACCUACACCUGCAACGCGUACACUGGUAUCUACUCCGUGAGCGCCACCGCUGAAGUGACAGUUACCAAAGAAUCGCACUCAGGGGGUGACAUCCCGCCAGAAUGCAUCGACCAGCCUGAACUCGCCAACUGUGAGUUGAUCGUUUACGCCCGUCUCUGCUCCAACUUGUACUACUCCAGUUUCUGCUGCGCCAGCUGCACCAGACAUUCACAGAAGAACAACAGUCUGAGCCGACGGGGCUAAAAACAUCACGAAGGGUCAGAAAACCAAAGCACAAAUGAGGAAGUGUGUUUGACCAUUUGGACACAUCUUAGAGGAGUGCAUAUUUAAAAUCUGAACUUUCAACUUGUUUUGGUGAACUGCUGUAACUGCCAAAAGAACUCAAACCCUCUCAUCACACAACAAUGUGCAGAAUCACAAGAUAAACAAAUCAAAACCAAGAGUCUUUAAUUAUGUUAUAUUAUAGUUUUAUAAUGUGACCACUGGUCUUGUUUGUUUCCCUAUUCCUACCAGGCCCUACCAGGUGCGAGUUCUUCUGAACUUGGUAUGUGGAUGACGGUCAAUCCCAGAACUGACCUCAAAGGGUGGGUUUUGGCAAAGGGCAAGGUUACUGGGUCAAAGUUUUUUUUUGUUUUUUUUUAUUUCUCUCUGAUUUGCAUCAAAUGUGGCACACAUAUGGAGAUUGGUUCUGGAAUUGGCUAUCAAAUUCAAACUAGUCAAAGGUCAGUCAGUGGGGCCAAGGUCUUGUCUGCCUGUCUGUCCGGUGUUCUGCUCCUCCCAAGUAUUUUUUUUUAUUUUGACCAAACUUGUUAUGUCCCUCAAGGUUGACUCUGAAUUUGCCCUUAAUUCAUUUAGGUAAAGGUCAGUUAUUAUUUUCAACUUGAUUCAGGCCUAAUGUAACUCAGGUGGAUUCCAGAAUUUCCCUGUCAAGGUCAGCCAGAGGUCAGUCAUUUUGGGGAAUGUCAAGGUCACUGGGGUCAAACGUCAGAUUGUCGUAGCAGUUACUGUCUUCAUGCCCACGGGUACUAUUACACAGUCUGUGAAGCAAGUGUGUGGUUUGUUCAGGGAGUUGCACUGCUGCAUUUAACACUAAAUUUAGGAAUAUAAACUGAAUAUAUUAAAACCUAAGCACUGUACACAUAAAAUCUGAAUAUGCUGAAAUAAACUUAUCUGGUUUUCCCAUUUCUUUAAAAUAAAUUUUGCACCUUCAUGUUCUCUCUUUUCCAGAGAUAUAUUCUGGUUUUAUUUCAGGUCAAUAAAAAGGCUCUGCUGUGUAAAAACAGAUUUAUGCUGUACUCUUAAUCACUACCCUGUAUUUAAAUUAAUAUUUUGCCAUUUGCCUCACAGAGUUGUACUUACGGCUCAUUCUGCGGCAUUACAAGAAACUAUUUUUCUUCUGUUUUUAUUGUUGAUUGUUUGAAUGCCAUUCUUUGAUAAUAAAUAUAUUUUGAUAAAA